AUGUUGACAUUGCAGGACUGCGGGAGAUGUGGCUUCCAGGAUGCGGGCUCUAUCAGGGAGGAUAAUUACACAUUCUUCUGGCAGGGGAAGUCUCAAGACGAGCUAAGACUUCAUGAUGUAGGAUUUGCUGUUAAAAACACUCUCCUGGACUGUACUGUGCCAUCAUCCGGUGGAACAGAGCGAAUUAUUGCUUUGAAAAUAUGCUCCUCAAGUGGCACUGUCAACAUCCUAAAUGCGUACGCUUCCACUUUAUCAUCCAGCAUGGAAGAGAAGGAUCUGUUUUAUGAUUUACUCAGCGACAAAAUAGCCAAGGUACCUAGCACCGAGGACCUAUAUAUUCUAGGGGACUUAAAUGCUAGAGUUGGAUCAGAUAUUGACAUAUGGCUGAAUUGCCUGGAACAUCAUGGGGUGGGAAAAAUUAAUGAAAAUGGCCAGAGACUGCUUGAAGUUUGCUGCUUUUAUGAACUCUGUAUUACAAACACAUAUUUCCAGCUUAAGGAUCAGCACAAAGUGUCUUGGAGACACCCGCACUCUCAUCACUGGCAUCAACUUGACUUAGUCAUAGCUAGGCGUACUAGUCCCAAAAAUGUGCUACUGACACGAAGUUAUCAUAGUGCUGAUUGCAACACUGACCACGCCCUGAUGGCGUGCACAUUGAGGCUCACUCCUAAGAAAUGUCACCAUGCUAAACUGAGAGGUCAUCCCCGUAUCAACACAGAUCAUGUUCAUGACACACAAAGAAAGCAGGAUUUUGCCAGUAAUUUUGAAAGUGCUUUCCCAGGAAACAUGCAAGCAAAAAGGAAUGUUGUUAAGAAAUGGGCAAAACUCUUGGGUGCAAUCUACAACUCAGCAGUAUUGGCCUAUGGAAUAAACGGAAAAAGAAAUAAGGACUGGUACGAGAAAAAUUUGGAAGAAAUGGAACCAGUCACUGAGGCUAAAUGGAAAGCCCUGCUUGCUUACAAAAGAAACCCAAAUGAGAGAACUCGAGCUGACCUAUGA